AUGGCAGUUCAAAAACUACAAGUUGGCAUGGCCGGCCUUGGUCGAGUCGGCAAACUCCAUGCUAUCAACUUCCUGCAGAAGACACCCCGUGCAGAGCUUGUUGCGGCAUUCACUCCAGACCCUGCUGAGAUUACCUGGGGGAGAGUGAACUUGGAACCCCACGGUGUGACUCUGUACACCGACUACAAUGAAAUGCUCAAGCAUCCCGGUCUCCAAGCCGUUGCCAUUGGUACGGCCACCUCCGUGCACGCGGAGGAGACAAUCAAGGCCAUCGAGCAAGACCUGCACGUUCUCUGCGAGAAGCCCUUAUCUACCGAUGUCGAAGUGUGCAGAGCAGUGGUUCAGGCUGCUAAGAAGAAGCCCCAUCUGAAGGUGAUGUGUGGCUUCUCCAGACGCUUCGACGAGUCGUACCGUGAUGCCCACGCCAAGAUGGAGCAAGGUCUCAUCGGACGGCCUGCCAUUAUCCGCAGCCAGACUUGUGACAAGUUUGAUCCCUCGGGCUUCUAUGUCGAAUAUGCAGCUUGGUCCGGCGGCGUGUUUGUCGACAUGUCCGUGCAUGACAUUGAUCUCAGCCUGUGGUUCUUUGGGGAUGAAAUCAUGCCCAAGAGCAUCUCUGCCCAUGGUAUCACCGCAGUUCAACCCGAGCUGAAGAAGUACAACGAUUAUGAUAAUGCUGUGGGUAUUGUGGAGUUCUGGAAUGGCAAGAUUGCUUACUAUUACUGCUCGCGUAUGAUGGCCGCCGGCCAGGAGGACACCACUGAGAUUAUUGGCACCGAGGGCAAGUUGACCGUGAAUGGAAACCCCCAACGGAACUUUGUCAACUUAUUCCACAACGGUGGCAUUACUCGCGAAAUUCCUCACAAUUUCAUGGGUCGGUUCAGCCCUGCCUUUGUCCAGGAGGCUAACGACUUCACCGCGGCCUGCUUGGACAACACGCCGCUGCCUAUGAAGUUGAGCAAUGCUGUCAAGGCCGUCGAGAUUGGUUCUUACCUCCAGGAGGCACUGGUGUCUGGGAAGCAGAUUCAUUUCGAUGAGAUUGGGCGACGAAUUCAGAAGGCCCAGUUGUAG